AUGCGUUUCUCACCUCUUGUUGCUAUUGCCCUCUUGGCACUUGGCGAGGGGGGGCUUUGCGAUGAUCGCCAAGAAAGCCAGUUGAAGAUGUUCGGUGGUAGCGUUGCCGGCCGUGCAGCUGCUCUUGUAAGACCAAGCGUCGACAAGCCUUCAGUCACCAAGAGGCAAAUCAGUUUCUCGGGCGGAGGGAUCAACAUCGGCGGAGCAGGAGGUCUUCAGCUCGGCGGCGGUGGAAAAGGAAAGGGCAACGGCCAGGCCGGAGCGGCGGCCAACCAGACGGCCAACGGCGGUGGAAACGGCGGUCUAUCUGUCGGAGGAAUCCAGCUCGGCGGCAAGAAGAAUGCAGGAAGCACUGGGAACAGCGCCCUCGAUGCCUUCCUGAACGCGGCCAAUGGAAAGAAGAACGGUACCGCCAACGCUGGAGGUGCGGCCGGCGGCGAAGGGAAGGGCAAAGGAAAGGGCAAGGGAGAGGGUGGACCAGGAGCUAACCCAGGCGAGGCGGCAAAGGCUGAACAAGGACUCGGUUCAAAUCCUGGCGAGGCUGCGAAGGAGGCACAACGGAAGGGCGAGGGCAACGGCGUUGGGACUGGGGCCGCUCCUCCGGCUGGCGAAGGACAAGCUCAGCCCGGACAGGCCGGUGAGGCGGCGAAACCUGCCGGAGAAGGUGGUCAACCGAAGGCAGUUCAAGAGUCGGAGCAGUUUAAGGACAAUGCCGGCAUCACCGUUGGAGCCGACGGCCAGGUCCAGAAUGUCGGCGGCAAUCUCGGUAUUACCAAGGGCAGCGAUGGUAGCACCUCUGUCGGCGGAAAGUCCGGUAUCAACAUUAGCCCCGGGGGUGCUCAAAGACAAGGCAAAGGCAAGGGUAACGGGCAGCAAGCCGCACCUGCCACUCCGCCAGCUGAGGGACAGCCGGCUGCUCAGCCCGCCCCCGCCGAGCCUGCCGCCCAACCCGCAGCUCCUGCACCGGCACCGGCACCGGAAGCGGCCCCACCUGCGGCUCCGGCUACUCCCCCGGCACCGGAGGCUUGA